AUGCUGCCAUUGGAGAGGGCACUGGUCUCCCCUAGAAGCUCCCCACCCAACCCAGAACCACCUACUUUGCAGUCAGAAGAUAGAUUCCAAUGGGAAAAGCCUGGCCAGCAGGAGGAAUCCAACCAGGAGGAAGUACUCAUUAAGCAACAGGAACCUGGCCAGCAGGAUAAAUCCAUCCAGGAAGAAGAACCCAUCCAGUUGCUAAAACUCAGUCAGAGGGAUGAUCCCAAUCAGGGAGAAGAAUCCAGUCAGCAGGAUAAUCUUCCCAACCAGAGGGAAGAACUCAGUGAGAAGCAAGAACCCAGCCAGUGGGAAGGACCUGGCCAGGAGGAUGUACCCAUGCAGCAGGAAGAACCUAUGAAGCAAGAUGGGCCUUGCCAGUGGGAAGAAUUAAUGCAGCAAGAUGAACUCAUGCAGCAGGAGGAGCCCAUGCAACAAGACAAACCCAUCCAGCAGGAGGAGCUCAUUUACCAGGAGGAACCUAUCCAGCAGGAAGAACUCAUCCAGCAAAAGCCAAUUCAGCAGGAUAAAUUUAUCCAACAGGAAGAACUCAUCCACCAGGAGGAACCUGUCCAACAAGAAGAACUCAUCCAGCAGGAGGAACUUAUCUUCCAGGAGGAAACUAUCCAACAAGAAGACCUCAUCCACCAGGAGAAGCCCACUCAGCUGGAACUCAACUGCCAGGAGGAGCACAUCCAUCAGGAUGCUUCCCAACAAGAACUCAUCCAUCAGGAGGAGCACAUCCAUCAGGAUGCUUCCCAACAAGAACUCAUCCAUCAGGAGGAGCACAUCCAGCAGGAUGCUUCCCAACAAGAACUCAUCCAUCAGGAUGGUUCCAUCCAGCAGCCCGAAGAGUUGAUUCAGCAGGAUAAGUCCAUUCUAAAGGAAGAAUUCAUCCAGCAGGAGGAGCCCAUUCAGCAGGAUAUGUCCAUCCAAAAGAUAGAUUUUAUUCAGCAAGAGAAGCCCAGACAACAGGAAGAGCCUAGCCAGCAGGAAGAACCCAGCCUACAGGAAGAGCCUAGCCAGCAGGAAGAACCCAGCCAUCAGGAAGAGCCUCGUCAGCAGGAAGAGCCUAGCCAGCAGGAAGAACCCAGCCAACAGGAAGAGUCUAGCCAAAAGGAUCAACCCAAACAACAGGAUGAAUCUAGUCACCAGGAAGAACCUAGCCAGCAGAAGGAAACAGAAACCAUCAUUGAGAAAUCUGCUGCUGACCUUGAGUUUUCCCGCUUGCGCUUUCGGGAGUUUGUCUACCAGGAGGCAGCUGGGCCUCACCAGACUCUGGCCAGGCUUCAUGAGCUAUGUCGCCAGUGGCUGCGGCCCGAGGCCUGCUCUAAAGAGCAGAUCCUGGAGCUCCUGGUUCUGGAGCAGUUCCUGGGCAUCUUGCCAGACAGGGUUCGUCCCUGGGUGGUAGCCCAGUAUCCUGAAAACUGCAAGAAGGCUGCCUCCCUGGUAGAGGGUCUCUCUGACAUCCUGGAGGAGCCAGGGAUAAUGUUAUGUUCCCCAGUUGGGUCAUCAUCUUCAUUCAGCGAGGGAGUCUAUGAGAGGUGUCCUGAGUCCCUGCUGCUACCACGUGGGUUGUUGAGUCCCAGCAGAAACCUAAGACCUAGGAACAUCCUUGUACGCCAUGAUACUUCUCCCCUUCUUCCAGCCUGGCCUACUCUGGAAUCUGUGCAUCUGGAUGAAGAACAUCCAGGAGAAAAGAAUGAAGAGGCUAAUUCUACCACAGCUGAGCCAAAGGAGCCUCUACAGUCAGAAUGUGAACACCUGGACUCCAUAGAGGAUAGUCUGGCCAGUUACAGCAAGCUGCUCCUGUGGGGGUGUCAGUUUUUCCAGGCUGGUACAUCCUCCAUGCUGGACACAGAGAAACCAGAGGAACCCUGUGUGGUGGAAGAACUGCCAGGAGGCAGCCUCUCAGACAGCACUAGGCAGCAGGAAAGCAAAGGAAAUGUGUGUAAGGAAGUCUCCAUGGGGGAGACACUGAUGGAGAGUCUUUCAGGGGAUGUUCCUUCAGUAGAUACUGCCAAAGAGGAGGAACAGCAACCUCAGAAGGCUCUGGAAGCUGAGGAUGAGGAUUCAAAUCCUGCCAGUCCCCAGAGACAAUCAGUUAUCCAGCAGUCAGUCCAGGACAAGGAUACCCCACAUCAAGGCACUGGGACAAAGAGGCCUCAUCCAGAUGAUGAGGAGGAAGAGGACCCCGAGUGUCCAUCCAGCACCAGCAGCUACAGGCUGCCAUUUGCUGCAGGGAAGGAGCUUCAUGUGGAUGGCCAUGAUUCCAGGCAGGACCCAGGAACUUCUGCUGCAGGAUGCCCUGCCUCUGAUGAGUGUGAUGCAUCCCAGGGGAAGCCCUACACAUGUAGCGAAUGUGGGGAGGCUUUUGCAUGGAUCUCAAACCUUAUGGAACAUCACAAGAGGCACAACACUGAGAUGUGCCAUGUAAGCCAGGACUCCUAAGAACCCUUUCAGUUAAGCUUGGCUGUGGGUCAAGCACAAGAGUCACAUACAAAAAAAAAAA